CUCUGUUCUUUGCUCACAACCCAAUCCGUCGCCUUCCAGUUCAAGUUCCCCAACCGGCAGCGCGCGCAAGCCGAAGCCCAGUUAGAAUUCGCGUAGGAGGAGGAGAGAUCCGAUGGCGCGCACGAAGCAGACGGCCCGGAAGUCCACCGGCGGCAAGGCGCCCCGCAAGCAGCUGGCCACCAAGGCGGCGAGGAAGUCGGCGCCGACCACCGGGGGCGUGAAGAAGCCCCACCGCUACAGGCCUGGCACGGUGGCGCUGCGCGAGAUCCGCAAGUACCAGAAGAGCACGGAGCUGCUCAUCCGCAAGCUGCCGUUCCAGCGCCUGGUGCGGGAGAUCGCGCAGGACUUCAAGACGGAUCUCCGCUUCCAGAGCCACGCGGUGCUGGCGCUCCAGGAGGCCGCCGAGGCGUAUCUCGUCGGGCUCUUCGAGGACACCAACCUCUGCGCCAUCCACGCCAAGCGCGUCACCAUCAUGCCCAAGGACAUCCAGCUGGCGCGCCGCAUCCGAGGGGAGCGCGCCUAGAUCAAGCAUCUGCCUUAGCAACUUCCAUCGCUGGAUUGCAGCAAUGUAGCUGUCUGUUCGUCGCCUCUGGUUUCAGAUCGUGUUGGCAAUAGGCGACUUUUAUUUUGCUGUAAAAAAAAAUUCUGGUUGGUUACAGAGUUACAACGACUCAUUUUCUUAUUUCGUCUAAGGCUUGUGCUAAAAUGCAAAACAAGUUACUCGUUGUUUUAGAGCAAUUCUGUAAUUUCAGCGCUCUGUUCCUCCUGUUGAA